AUGGCGAUUCCUCAAUCUUGUACUGUUCUCGUAGCAGGUGGUGGUCCUGGAGGCUCUUAUACCGCGGCUGCUCUUGCACGCGAAGGAGUUGAUGUUGUGUUGCUCGAGGCAGAUAGCCACCCCCGAUACCACAUUGGGGAGAGUCUUCUCCCUUCAAUGAGAUAUUUACUACGUUUCAUCGACCUUGAAGACACCUUCGAACAGCAUGGAUUCCAGAAGAAACUGGGUGCAUUUUUCAAACUCAAUGCAAAGAGUGCGGGAUACACUGACUUCAUCCGGGCAAACGGCCCUAAUGGGUAUUCCUGGAACGUGGUCAGAUCUGAAUCAGACGAGAUUCUGUUUCGCCACGCCGCGAAGAGUGGCGCAAAGACCUUCGAGAAUGUCUCGUUGAAGUCGGUGAAUUUCGAACCUUAUGAGAGCGACAAGUUCACCAGCCAACACAAAGUGGCCAAUCCUGGACGACCCGUUUCGGCCGAAUGGAAGAUGAAAGAUGGUAGCUUUGGUACCAUCUGCUUCGAUUAUUUGGUGGAUGCGACGGGCCGAGCUGGUGUUCUGUCAAACAAGUAUCUCAAGAAUCGCAAGUUCAACGAAAGUUUCCGGAACAUUGCUAUGUGGGGGUACUUCAAGGGUAAUAUCCCACCAAGUCCAGGAACAGAUCGCGAAAACCAGCCCAUAUCCGAAGGCAUGAGAGAUGGGUCAGGCUGGGUGUGGAUGCUGCCUUUACACAACGGUACAGUAUCAAUCGGAGCUGUUGUCCGAAGAGACAUUUUCCUUGCGAAGAAGAAGGCCUUGCCGGAAGGAACAACCGAGGCUCAAACCCUGGCGAGCCUAGUUAGACUCUGCCCGACGAUAUCUUCGUAUUUGGAACCUGCUGAACUGGCUUCUGAAGUCAGACAAGCCGCAGACUAUUCCUACAGUGCCAGCGCGUAUGCCGGUCCCUACUUCCGUAUUGUCGGCGAUGCAGGAUGUUUCAUCGAUCCCUUCUUCUCGUCUGGUCAUCAUCUGGCCCUAUCUAGUGCCCUAGCAGCGGCUACUUCCAUCAAUGCGUCAAUCAAGGAAGAGUGCGGCGAGGUUGAUGCCUCCAGGUGGUAUGCAAAGAAGGUUGACCACGGCUACACGUUGUUCCUUGUUGUGGUGAUGGCUGCUCUCAAGCAAAUUCGUAUGCAAGAACAGCCGAUCCUGUCCGAUCUUGAUGAGGAAGGCUUUGAUCGAGCAUUCGCAGUUUUCAGGCCAGUCAUACAAGGAGCUGCAGACAAGGAAACAGCACCAAAGGCUACGAGCGAGUCGAUUACCGAAGCUAUUGACCUCUGCCUUAAUGCUCUUAACGACUUGCACGACACGAAAUUGCAAACAAAGUUGACCAACAUUGUGGAAGCCGCAGGUACGUCCGAUCAAGAGAAGCUACUUGGAAACCUUUCACCAGAGGAGACGGCAGCCCUUCAGCGUAUGCGCACCAUGCAUUCAGUUCUUCCCAUGGGUGAGCUGAAGGACUUUGAGAACAGCAAUAUAGAUGGUCUGAAGGCUCGCCUCGAGCAUGGGAGUCUAGGACUUUAUCGUGACCGAGCAGGGGAUUCAAAG